AUGGCAAAAUUUCAGCCACGAGCCGAAACACCUCAAGAAAUAACCAUCGAAGAAGCUCAAAAGCGAGAUCAACCAGAGAUAAUAGCCCCGAUUCAACGGAGUCGAAUGCAGAUUCCAUAA